UUAAACCUCCAAUUCCACUAUAUUUGCCUAAAGUAUUAUAAAUAUGCAACCAAAGGAGUUUGGAUUGUGAUGAAUGUUACAUCAAACGUUACGAUUUCAGUAAAGUACGUAAAAAAAAUACUCAUUUUUUAUUAUCAUGUGAUUCGAGUUUUAGCUCUCGACUAAUUUUUUUACAAGACGAAUGUCGACGUCGAGCACACCACUCAUCGAAUUUUUAAUAUGUUAAAAGCACCAUGAGUAGUCCACUCGUCAACUUUUUUACCGUGAAAUUUGUAAGUGUUCUAGAGAGUUCUACAUGCAAAAAAAGUUUUUGACUAUAAAAAUAUAUACUACUUCCACAGUUCCACGUAGAUCAACAUCACGAGACUAAGCUCUAUAUAUAUGUAGAGAAGCACAUUGUUUGUAUCGUCUACAAAUUCAUCUCUUAUCACUGAAAGAAAAAUGAAGUUGCAUUUUCUCAUUCUCUUUUUGACAAUCACAUGGUUUACAAAGAACGUUACUUUUGUUUCUCCUGAUUCUCGAGUAUUUGAUAGAAGUGAUUUUCCAGAUGAUUUCGUUUUUGGAGCCGCAAUAUCGGCGUUUCAGACAGAAGGUGCAACAAGUGAAGGUGGGAAAUCGCCAACUAUUUGGGAUUACUUCAGCCACACUUUUCCAGAAAGAACCAAUAUGCAGAAUGCAGAUAUAGCGGCCGAUUUUUAUCAUCGUUAUAAGGAUGACAUCAAGUUGCUGAAAGAGCUAAAUAUGGACGCUUUCAGAUUUUCUAUUUCGUGGGCCAGGUUAAUACCCAGUGGAAAGGUAAAGGAUGGAGUAAACAAAGAGGGUGUAAAAUUCUACAAAGCUCUUAUCGACGGACUUAUUGCUAAUGGCAUUCAACCUUCGGUGACUCUUUAUCAUUGGGACCAUCCUCAAACUCUCGAGGACGAGUAUGGUGGGUUUUUAAACCCUCAAAUGAUAGAAGAUUUUCGAAAUUUCGCAAGAGUUUGUUUUGAAGAAUUCGGAGACAAAGUUAAGAUGUGGACAACUAUAAACGAGCCUUCCGUUAUAAGUGUUGCGGGCUAUGACACGGGCAACAAAGCGGUUGGACGUUGCUCGAAAUGGGUGAAUAGUAAGUGUCAAGCCGGUGAUUCAGCCGUCGAGCCUUACAUAGUAUCACAUCAUCUUCUUCUUUCUCACGCCGCGGCCGUACAAGAGUUCCGAAAUUGUAACAAGACUUUACAAGAUGGUAAGAUAGGGAUUGUAAUAUCGCCAUGGUGGCUUGAGCCUUCAGACUUUACUUCUUCUGCUGACAAAGAAGCUGUUGAACGAGGCCUUGCCUUAGAAGUAGAUUGGCAUUUAAAUCCGGUGAUUUACGGCGAUUAUCCAGAAAUCAUGAAAAAAUAUGUUGGUAAGAGAUUACCUUCUUUCACGGCAGAACAAUCAAAGAUGUUGCGGAAUUCAUCGGAUUUCAUUGGAAUAAACUAUUAUAGCGCACGCUUCAUAGCUCAUCUUCCUCACAUUGACCAUGCGCGACCUCGAAUCAGGACUGAUCAUCAAAUUGAGAGGAAAGAAGCAAAUUACAGUAAUCACCUAAUCGGACCACGGGAAAAUCCAGUCGUACUCUACUACUCGUACCCUGAAGGUUUGCGAAGACUUCUUAACUACAUCAAAGAUAAAUACAAUAAUCCUAUCGUAUAUAUAAAAGAGAACGGAAUCAAUGAUUACAAUGAUGGUACAAAAUCACGAGAUGAGAUUCUCAAGGAUACAUUUAGGAUAAGCUAUCAUAAGGACCAUCUUCAGCAACUCCAUAAAGCUAUAAUAUAUGAUGGAUGUGACGUCAGAGGAUAUUACACGUGGUCGUUGCUGGACAACUUCGAGUGGGAGCAUGGAUACUCUGCUAGAUUCGGUCUGUACUAUGUUGAUCACGAAGACGAUCUCAAACGGUAUCCUAAAGAUUCCGUUAACUGGUUCAAACGGUUUCUCAAUAGGCCGGUCGUAAAAAGUGAAGAAAUAGAGAAUGAAGAAGUAUGGAAUGCGUCACGUAAGGAAGAAUAUAAUAGUAAGACUUUGAUCGAUUCAGAAGGUUUCAAGACAUCGAUUGAUUCUAUUGUCAGUCUUAUCAUGACAAACGGAUCGAGAAUAGAAGAAGAGGAGAGAGAUGUCUGCGCCUCUGAGAAUCCAAAUGAUCAUUUUGGUUUCUUGUUGGGGCCAAAAAAUUCAUUUGGAUUCUAGAGGACCUUUUGUGGACGAGGCUCGUUUAGAUUUUCAAGUUGUAGCCUUUAGUACUCUAUGUAUAUUACCAGUAAGGGGAAGAUCCAGUUGACAUGUAUUUGUGAUUAUGGAUUGUGAUCACAUGAAACUCGGAAAGUACUGUGUGUGUUCUUUCGUUUUUGUAAUUUGAAAGUGAAUCCUAUGAGAUUUGAAACAA